AGAGUUUUGAACUUUGAUAAUUUUUUCACGCAAGAUAUAUGUUCUGAUUUUAAAAUAUUCAAAAUAAGUAAUAUAAAUUAUAAAUAUACAGGUUUGGCUUAUGGAGAACAAAUCGUCAUGAUGCCCAUUCUUCAUAACGUCAUCUGAUGUCUUUAUUUAAGUCGCAAAUCUCCGAUUCUGAUUUCUUUAUCGCUUCUAGCGGGUUUACCAAUAUAAAUACAACGAAUAACACUAAAUUAGAAGAAAAACUUGAUAUCAUUAUAGCCAACCAAAAUAUCAUAAAGAGACAACAAGCAGAAACGUUGGCGAUGUUUAAGCAACUAUUUGAAAAAGAUGUGGGCUCUUAUGGAACGAGAAGUGUGUUCCCGUUGUCCAACUUGGAAGCAUUAAAAAAACUGAAUGCAGAUAUAGUGACAGGUUCCAGUGCAGACUAUAUAAAAAUCAUUAAAAAUAUAAUAGGCAAAACGGGGAUUAUUAAAUCUAUUGAGGGUAUUUUCGAAAGGAGUCUUAUUGUUCAGUUGAACUACGAUGGCAUUCAUUCCAAAUACUCCUUAAAGGAAUGCAAGGGGUUAAUCGACUGCUUGUUUGAGGCAUCAAUGAAAGAAGGAUAUUCCCAUCGCGAGUUUGUUAAAGACUUGCGACAAGCUUUAAAACUGGCGAAAAAUCGUCAUUUUAAAACAAACUCCAUAUUAAAAUCUAAAAAAUAAAAUAUUUAAAUAAAA